AUGAAGACCUUCACUGCAGUUGUGCUUCUAGCAGUCCUGUUUACUUGUGAAGCUGAUGCUGGAAGUUUCAAUUUAUCCGGGUCAUUUGAUCCCGGUUUCACAAUAGGGCGUGGUCGCAUAGAAAGGAGGCAUAGGGUUCGCGCAGAGGAAGUGGAAAAUGGUAUUGAGGACGGAAUCGCUGAUUUAUCAAGUAUAUCUGAGGUAAAACAUUUCAAAAUUCCUGAUGUGUUUUCUCAGGCCCAGUCUACUCGUGAAGAAGAAGAAGAACCAGAGGAUAACGAAGAAGUAGCCCGUCAUCAUCAUCAUGGUAGAGCGCGCCAUAGAGCUCACAGAUAU